GAUACCUAGCCCACUAGCAGAUCCAUCCGAUCUCGACAGUCGAUCACGCGCGCGCGGAAAGCCUCGCGGAUGUCACUCGCGCCCGCGAUACCGCAGUGCAAUGAUCCUGGACGUAAUAGAUCGGGUGUGACCUCCUUCGGGGCCUUAUACCCCGUCGUCGUCUUCUCGGGAACAGCGUGUCGAUUCUCGCGCGCUAGUGCAGCCCGCUCGGACGGUCCUCGGGUGGAUCGCGCAAAAGGAUCGUCGUGUGUCGUGAUGUACUCCCGAACGAUUCGCACGUGCUUCGAUAAUCGUACGCGAGAAGAAGUGCCCACUUGCGAAGUUUGAUUGCGGAAAACGUGAGGACCAAGCCAGAAGAGCGGAAGAUAAUCUUGGUGGAAGUUUUUCGGAUUAAGUUUUUGUAAUUGAAAGAGCGGAAGUCUGAAUAAACCGAAAUGAUACACACCAUUAGAAGACACAGCACAGCCAUGAAGGCUGCGGGAUGAUGCUCGCAAGAUCCAUUUCGACAUACUUUGCGUACGAAGGAAGAUACUUCACGAAAACCUGAAGUGACGUGCUUUUGAAGCCUGAAGGAUGUCUUUGGGACAACGUAUUUCCGGCGCUGUUGCGGUUCUCAGAGGGACCGCGACGGAGGCCAAGGAGGGCCACACAUCGUGCACAGAAGAGAUCGAAAAAAUGACGUCCGAAGAGGAAGUCGAGGCCGAAGUGCGACAUCAAGUGACGGCACUCGACAGGUUACAGAUGGUAGUAGAGUGGAUGGGAAGUAACAUGCUUCUGGUAUUGACUAUCGCUGGAGUUUUGGUGGGUCUGGGACUCGGUUUUUUGGGUCGAUUGGCCAAUUUGUCGCCGCAGUCUAUAACUCUCAUCAGUUUUCCGGGAGAAAUCCUUAUGCGGAUGCUGAAGAUGUUUAUCCUGCCACUUAUCAUCUCGUCGCUCAUCUCCGGAAUGGCACAGCUAGAUGUUCAAAGGUCAGGAAGGAUAGGGAUUAGAGCGUUAACGUACUACUCGGUGACGACUAUCCUCGCCGCUAUAGUGGGCAUCGCGAUGGUGUUGAUGAUUCAUCCGGGUGACCCGCAAAUUAAAACUACGGUCGCGGCAGUGGUGAGGGCCGAGGAAACCAAGGUCUCCACUGUAGAUGCGAUUCUCGAUAUCAUUCGAAACAUGGUGCCGGAGAAUUUGGUGCAGGCAUGCUUCCAGCAGGUUCAGACCUCCUACGUGAAGAAGAAGGUUGUCGUGAUCGGCAGCUCAAACCAGAGCGAAUACAUAAUGGAGCCAACCUUGGUUUACAAGGAUGGCACAAACGUAAUGGGUAUGAUCGUGUUCUGCAUCAUCUUCGGCGUGCUCGCGGGCCAGAUUGGACCCCGCGGGAAGCUGAUGGUGGACUUUUUCGUGGUGCUGAACGAGAUCAUUAUGAAGCUCGUCACGAUCGUCGUGGUCUGGUACUCCCCGUUCGGAAUUAUGUGUUUGAUAGCUGGAAAGAUCAUGUCGAUCACCAAUUUGGCGGCAACUGCCCAAAUGUUAGGUCUGUACAUGGUAACGGUUAUAUUGGGCCUGAUGAUCCACGCGAUCAUUACGUUGCCAUUGAUCUAUUGGUUUAUGACUCGAAAGAAUCCAGCUAUAUUCUUCAGGGGUAUGAUGCAAGCCUGGGUGACGGCUUUGGGUACGGCUUCGAGUGCGGCGACCUUGCCUCUAACCUUCCGUUGUCUCGAAGAAAAUAACAAGAUCGACACGCGAGUGACACGCUUCGUCGUGGCAGUGGGUGCCACUGUGAAUAUGGAUGGCACGGCCCUUUACGAAGCUGUGGCUGCGAUCUUCAUCGCACAAUUAAACGGAAUCUCGUUGGGAUUCGUUGAAGUCAUCACCGUCAGCCUUACGGCUACCUUGGCAAGCGUCGGCGCCGCGAGCAUACCCAGUGCUGCAUUGGUUACCAUGCUCUUAGUGCUAACUGCCUUGGGUCUUCCUACGAACGACGUGUCUCUGCUGUUCGCCAUCGACUGGAUGCUGGAUCGGAUCAGGACCUCGAUCAACGUCCUGGGCGACGGCUAUGGCGCUGGGAUAGUCUAUCACUUAAGCAAAGCGGAGCUGGACAAGAUGGACGAGGAACGGCGACUGGAGGUUUUGGAAAUAGGAAGCCCUCACGAAAUCGUCGCCGAGAGUUGUAAACGGGAGGAGGCGUCAACGCAUGAGCAAACCUCCGAGACGAAGAUCUGAGUCUGCGGACUUUCUCGACCAAAUCGUUAUUUAUUGUUAGGAAUGUAAAUCUGAGUCGGAGUUUGCAGGAACUAACGCUCGUCCCUGUGUUAAUAUUCGCGAUGUACGAUUGACUUUCACUGCCGAAACCGAGUUUCUUCUCGAGUGAAUUAAGUAUUUAAUACGCACACGUUACAAAGAGAGAGAGAGAGAGAGAGAGAGAGAGAGAGAGAGAGAGAAAGAGAGAGAGAGAGAGAGAGAGAGUAACAUUGUAUUAUUUAAAAUAUAUUCGAUUAUUAAGAAUGCUGUAGGUACAGAUGUGGUGUUUUAUCUAGCGAUAUAUAAAUAUACGAUUUCCGUUUAUUUCCGUAGCCAGAGUGGUAGCAUAGUAACGAAUGAAUCAAAGUGCCAACGCUGAAGUAGAAAGUGCGAGCAUGUGAGUACAAAUCAAGGAAAGUUGUACACCCAUUUCAUACUUUUUUUUGUUUUUCAAUAUGUGUAAGAGUUCUACUUUGGGGUAUAUAAGGAAUAUUAAUGUAUAGUAAAAUAGAAAUAUAAAAUAUACAUUAAAUCAUUAGAUAUCGUCACACAAGGUUUGUAUACCAUUAAUAAUCAGGUCGAGGACGUGAGGAAUUCCUCGACAUUUAAAAUAACAGACGACUUAGGAAUAUUACAUCACGUAUAUAAUUUAACAGUUAUAUUAUUCUAAUACGAUAGCGAUUAGAAGUAUUAACGAUAGAACUAUUUAUACAAAUGUGUUCAUAAUGCAUGCACCAGAUAUGUAGGACUACCGAUAAUGCUUCACCGAAUAAUUAAAAUUUAUUGAUUAAUUUAUUACGUAAAUAUGAUACAUAUAAUAAAGAAUAUGACUACUCA